CUCAUCGAAAGCAUGAGUUUCACCAAGGCCAAGAAGCUUCUGAAAUUGUCCCGCCGCAAGCAGAAGGAGAGGCGAGAUGACAUCACCAUGGCUGGCCUCAUGCAGCAGCACAUGGCCCUGAUGCAAGAGAUACGCUCCGGCAGCAGUGGGUCGUCCACGCCUUCCAGCGCUGUGGCGCCAGCGACGCCGGCGAGGGCGUUCAGGGAGCUCAAGAUGCCCGGCGCCGCCGAAGAGGAGGUCCCUGCAGGCGUGCACCCGCCGGAGCUCAUCGAACUGCAGGAGCAGAUCGCCCCCUCAGCUGACCCGAAGGACUGGCCUACCGACUCAGAUGGCUUCCUGAACACGCUGAAGGACGUCGACGGCAUCAGCGCAGGAUUUUUGAACUCAAUCUUGAAAGAGGAACAGCUCUCCGAAACGGCCGGCCGGGACACGAAGGCCAAGCUGGAGCAGAUUCUCAAGCGCAUUCGCCGGAGUGACUUCGUGCUGCGGCGCAGCGUGGCGGCGCAAGCGUGCGACGGGCGGUCUCUGUGGGUGCAGAUUGUGCUCCUCGUGAGGAGGGCGCGGCGCACCAGGCGUGCGGCGGUGCCGCAGGCGGCGUUGGCGCUGGGCUGCCUCCGGACCGGAACUCCGACAGCGGGCGGUCGCGGCCGCGUGCCCGUUUUCUGGACCUUCGCCGCUUGGGCCCCAGGCUGA